UUUGCCGGUCUCGGUAACGCCAUUCAUUCGCUCUCGUCUUUGCAUGCAGAAGGACCAGUUAUCGUGCUUGGCAUAACAUACCCACCCCUAUCGCUUGCUGGAUGCAAGGUAAACAGCCUACCUCGCAAGUCUUUGGCCUACUUACGAUCCAGGUAGCGGACAGUAUUCAGUUUCGCUCCCAAACAUGGCGCCCAGCCAGUUUCCCGUCAAGGAUCCAGCACCCUCCGUGUGGACGGCCUCGCCUCAUCCUCUGGACGACUACCAGUCCACAAUUGAAUUACCAGGACAGUGUGACGUGUUGAUUGUCGGUUCAGGUUUCGCUGGUGUUUCUACAGCAUACCACAUCUUGAAGGAUGACCCGGAUCCCUGGUCGAUAGUGCUUCUUGAAGCACGAGCUCACUGUUCAGGUGCGACAGGCAGGAAUGGAGGUCACAUCAAACCGGACACGUACUAUAGCGCUCCAAAGUACGAAAGGCUCUAUGGCACGAGGCAGGCAGCGGAGCUACAACUCUUCGAGAGCUCGCAAGUUUGGGCCGUGAAAGAGUUGGUGGAUCGAGAAGGCUUGGAGUGCGACUUUCACUUGACUCGGGCACUUGAUGUCUACCUCGAUCCAGAUCACGCCGCUCAGACGUACGAGGCGUACCAGAGAAUGCUCAACGAUGGUUACUUCGACUUGAGGGAUGUCUCUUACACGGGUAAGUCAGACGCUGAGCGGAUAUCGGGUGUCAAAGGAGCACAAUGUUGCUUCAGCUUCACGGCAGCACACCUGACUCCAAAGCUACUGGUGUUGGGCCUACUAGAGCGUCUUAUUAACCAAGGCCUCCAAGCCUACGCCCACACCCCGGUGGUGAAAGUCUCCCCAAGUAGGGACAGCGCCGAUUUUUGGACUGUUUCAACCACUCGAGGAGACAUCAAAGCACGGAAGGUCAUAUUUGCCACGAAUGGCUACACUGCCUCAUUGCUGCCUCAGUACCAUCGAAAAAUAGUUCCCGUCCGGGGAGUAUGUAGCCACAUCACGACACCAAACGGCAACUAUUCGCCCCAUCUCCCUAACACUUAUAGUCUGCGUUUCGGUGGUGCCAACUACGAUUACUUGAUCCCGCGGGCAGACGGCAGUAUCGUGGUGGGCGGUGCCCGGCAGACCUUUUUACACCAUCAAGAUCGAUGGUUCAAUUCCGUUAGCGACAAUGAACGUAUGGUACCGGACUCGGAAAGGUACUUUGACGGCUACAUGCAGCGACACUUUAGGGGCUGGGAGGCCAGCGGAGCGUCUACCGAGAGAGUUUGGACCGGCGUGAUGGGCUACACAUCUGAUUUUAUGCCCCAUGUUGGUGAAGUUCCGACCAAGCCUGGGCAAUACAUCAUUGCAGGGUUCUCAGGUCGAGGUAUGCCUUACAUCUUUUUGGCAAGUGAAGGCCUGGCCCGGAUGGUCAGGCAUGAGACCCGAUACGAAGAGACGAAAUUGCCCUCUGUCUUGAAGUCUACGAGAGAGCGACUAAGCAGCUCAGAGAGCCCUCUCGAAAAGGAGUUUGGGACCGUCUGGAAGGACCGCGCGCAGACGAUCCCUCCCCGGCUUUAGGAUGGAAUGGCUAUCUUAGAUGACCUUGUCCAAGGUUCUAGCUCUUCGAGUUAAUGCUUACACGAUGAAGAAAGAGCACAGGCGAGUGCCAAUAUUAUUCUGAUGCUUGCAGGAACGUGUAGUCGCUACGGC